AAGGCAACAUUGCAGUCGCGCAGAUGAUGUCGCGCUGUCGCAUGUAAACAGCUUUGCCGCGAAAAAAAAUCGUUUCUAAACUGUGAAGAAAACAGACCCAGAGUUUGUAAAUGUGUAAAAGAUAAAUAAAAAAAACUGAACAGGAUUAGGACCGUGAAGGACAAGAUGGCUGCUCAUCAGACCUGCAUUGCCAUCUCUGAGCUGCAUCCCAAUUUCUCUCAUCCGAAAGUGACAGGCAUCGUCAUCGGGAAAACUGAUGUAAAAAGCUUCCCUGAUAGAAAAAAUGUCGGUGCCGACAGAUUCACUUUUGGCUUCACCGUUAAGGACUCACCUGACUUCUUCAUCAACGUGGCGGCCUGGGGAAGCGAUUUCUACGUCAACGGGCUCAGCAACAGCUUCAGCAUCGGAGACUGUGUCACCAUUGAAAAUCCUUUGGUCGCCAGCAAAGACCCAGAGAAAGGGGACAGAUUCUGUCCUACAACACCAAGCCUCUACAGGCUGCUGGUGUCGGAGGCUCAUUCCCAGGUGUGUCUGUGUGCUGACGUGGGUACCAUCGACAGGAUGCUGCUACUGAUCCACCUGCCAGUGAAGGACCCCGGAGAUUUCUACUCACUGGGAGAUAUAGUGGCCAACGGGCAGCAGCUGGACGGCACAGUGAUAAAUAUACUGGCUGCGGUGAAAUCGACCGGGGAGCCAAAGCAGUUCACCACUUCAGAUGGACGCAAAGGGCAGAGGCUGGAAGUAAAGCUCUUUGAUGACUCUGUCUCGUCCUUCCCCAUCAUCUGCUGGGACAGAGAAGCCAUUCAGUUUGCGCAAACUUGGAUACCCAAGGAGACGGUUCUCUUCAUAGCCGACGCAAAGAUUAGCUUUGACAGCUUUCGCAGCGGCAUGGCAGCAACCGUUAACUCGAAAACCAUUAUCACUGUCAACCCUGACACAAGGGAGGCCAGCCUGCUGUUCAGCUAUGCUAAACAACUGUGCGAGUCUGGAGCUUUGGAUCAAGACGAGAAGCCGGAGAAUGUGUCUGUGGACGCCAUCAUCGAUGUGUACACCGUGAGCCAGCUGAAGCAGAAGGCCCAGAAGAGUCCCGAAGCUUUCUUUGGCAUCACAUACAGCUUCAUCUCCAAACUUGACCUGGAUUCCUCCGUGUCAAAAGUCAUUAGGACACGGUGCUCCAUGUGUAAGUUCCAGGUGACCGAGGGUGCACAGAGUUGCACCAACCAGCUGUGUCAAGGGAGGGAUCAGGCCUCCUUGUUAGCCACCACAGGCUUUGACCUGCUGGUGGACCUCACGGAUCACACCGGCACCCUGCAUGCCUGCACCCUCAGAAGCCCCGUGGCAGAGAAGGCGCUUGGCUGCACACCAAUCGAGUUCACCAGUUUGACUGAUGAUGAGCGAACUGCGAUGAAGUGGAAAUUUCUUCUGGAGAGAUGCAAAAUUUAUGUGAAGAUCCUGCCUUCCGCUAAGACGAGGAGUGGGAUCAGGGGGGUGGUCGUUGCCUGCUCCCUGGCUGACCCAGGAGAGGUGAAACAGCACAUGUCUGCCCUGUUGUGCCUUUGAUCAGCGCACACACACACACAAGCGCCAGCCGUGCAGGACAACACAUGUUGCAAUUCUAGUUCGUCUGCUUUACCUGCUGUUUGGUGCAGUUUUGAUUAAAAUGUUGACAAGGGAAAUAGUAAUUUAUACAUGCCUUCAUUGUGUUUUGUGAAAAGAGACAUUCUGUCUCAGUAUUUAUUUAUUUAUUUAACUUAUCUAUUUAUAUAUUUAAGAAAGUUACUGUUUGUGUGACUGCUUUUUAAAACUGUUAAUCAACUCAGGAAUCAUAACAGUAACAUAUGCUAUGUGUCAAAUAUAUCAACCAAAUGUUAUUACUCCAUUAAAUGUGAUUACAUGAGCAACCAGAGUUUAAAAACAUACAAAUAAAAUGUAUUAAA